UCUAUAGUAGGAUGAUUCUAUACAAAAAUACCUAAUUAAUUUAUUAUCUGCUCUAUAUUUAAUUAAAAUUUAUGAAUAUUUACCUCUAUACCUCUUAGUAGUGCAAGUUUCAAUAAAAUCCUAUAUUUAUUUAAGUGUAAACACCAUAAGAAUCUGCUCAGGGUAGCAUGGAUGCCACUGUGGACGACUUUUUCAAUGAAAUUAAUAAAAUAUCCUCCAAAGAGCAAGAAAGUAAGGAAAAAGAGGAGAUCGUGUGGCAAGAAUGCUACGACGAACUUACGGGUUACUCGUACUUCUGGAACACCGAUACCGACGAAGUGACUUGGGUGCCCCCGAAGUUGUACAAACCGGCAGAGAACGCCCCUAAAAAGCCCUCCCUUGUCUCAAAAUCAACGGAUAAAGAGCGACGGAGGUCCAGGGAGGACCUCUUUGUACCUCCCCCGUCCGCCCAAGUCCAGUACUCGCCCUCCGAUGUGAAACCCGAAGUGAAAGCGAAGGUGUACUCGAUACACGAAGCGAUAAAACCCGAGGAGAAGAGGCCUAACAGGGGCAAUAUUAACAUAAUAUCGAAUAUAAUGAUUAAGGGUGAGGUGAAAAAGAAACCUCUUGUGCAUUCGGAUGAUGAUGAUGAUGAGGAAAAAAUUGAACUUAUAACUGAAUACGGGGGGGAUAGUGACUCGGACAAUGAGCCCCGAGCAAACGGACCUGAGGAAAACGUUGCCCAGAAAUCACCUUCGCCUCAGAAUGAGUCCGAUAAUGAUGAGGAAGAUGAUGAUGAGUACGAUCUGCUGGCUAAAAUACAGCAGAGGGCCAAAGAGCUGAAGACCCUUGGGGGAGAACUGCCCUCUAGCGUGAAGAACAUUAUUAAGGAAACUAUAGCCAGUCCGAAAGUGCAUCAAGAGGGGGUUUCUGGAUUUUCCUUGGUUGCUGGUUACAACAGUGAAUCAGAACCGAGCGACUCCGAAGGCCCCACUGAGCCAAAACACAAUUUAUUUCCGAUUCCGCCAACUACAACCGAAACCGCGCACGUCAGCACAUUAUUCCCCAUAACCCAACCGAUCAACGUCAAAGACUUUAUUAGUCCAGAACCCUCAGCACCGGAACCCCCGAAAGAACCCGACGGUCCAGCAGCGGAAAACAACGAAUUCGACAAUAAAGCGUUUCAAAGAAAACGUCGCAUCGGGAUUUCCUUAGUGAACAACUCCAUCAAGAGGUCCAAGGAGGAGGAAAACCCCACAGUAGAGCUGGGUUCCACUCGAGGUCCCGUUUAUCCGGGGUUCCAAAAGGGUGGGGUCCUGUUCGUUAAGUCUGAUCCCGAGGAACCCUCCCUGGUUCAUAAAAAUGACGUGCAAGAGCAGGAGGUUAAAGUGAACCAGAAAGAGACGGAAGACGAUUACAAUAUCCUUAGGGAAAAGCUGUUGUUCCUGGGUGAGGGACGGGAGGCUGUCUUACCCGUGCAAGUCAUGCUCAUACAAGCAGAGACGUUGUUCGUAGCCAUGAAGGAGGGGGGUCUGAAGUUGUCCUACUUGUACAAGUGGCUCGGAGGGAUCUGCUCCGAUUUGGUGAAGUUGGAAAAGGAAGCGGCUCCCGAGGGUUGGCUGCUGCAGUGGGAUAGGUCGCAUAAACGUUAUUACUACCAAAACCCGACCUCCGGUGUCAGUCAGUGGAAGUACCCGGAACCGGACGUGACCCGUUGCGACGACGCAAUGGACAUCUCGACCACUCCGCCCCCACCGCCCGACGACAACAAUAGGGAGGAAGAAGAGGAGGGGGAGGGACAGGGAGAUUUACUGGCGGGGGCAAAGGACGGCGAAGGGGGCGGUACUUCUUCGCCGCCGCCGGUUGUUUUCGGCCCCCAGUUGCCCCCCGAGCCGCCCUCGCCGCCCCAAAUACGCAGCCCCACCCCACCGCCCCCGCCUAUAAUCACUAUGGACGUUCCCUUGCCAUUAUUACCUCAACAAAUCAAGUUGCCGUUGCAACCCCCGCCGCCCCCGGCCGGUUUACCGUCGCAACCCCUUCCGCCCGGGGUGGACCUCUUGGUCGAGGACGCGGUACCAUCGGACACCCUCUCCACCGCUUUGGACUCGUUUUACUCGGAAAUCGCCGAGGUCACUGAGACCCCGCAAAACGCACCGACGUCACCACCAGACACGUCACUGCCACAAAACCCGGAAUUAAUUAAGAAAAAAAGGAAAAAGGUGAAGUUGGCCCAAGGGCUCACCAUGAAAAAGAAGGGCGUGUCCGAACUGGUGGAGAAGUGGAAGAGCGUCCAGAAGACUUAUAAGGAUUGAAAGUGUCUUUAAAUUUCUGUAAAUAGUAAUAAUAAUAAUAAUAAUAAUAAUUUUUA